AUGUCGACCUCGAUGCUGCUGGGUAACCCAACGGCGAUGGACCAAGACGACGACGACGACGAGGAGGAGGAGGACCCGGACGUGAAUUCGUCGGAUGGGGAGGGCGUCGACUUGAUGGGGGAUGAUACGGGGUCGGACAGUUCGGAGGAAGAGGAUGAGGAUUCCGAGGCCGAGAGGGAGGUCAGGAAAGGUGAGUUUGGGGACGUGAUCGGACGUGAUCGGACGUGAUCGGGGGUGGUGGAGCAGCAGCAGCAGCGGGGGGGUGCAACGCUCGUACAGCUCGGCUACCGAUGCACUCCUCUCAACCAUCAUCAUCGUCCCAUGAGAGGGAUAGUACACUCUGCCUGUUGCCGGGUCUGCACUCGUCACCGUUGCUGACUCGGCACGCUUCCCCUCGCGACCUGACACCGCGCUUCCCCGGCCCCGCUCGCUCUCCCCUUUGCAGACUUCAUCGUCGACGAGGACGAACCCGACGAGCGCCGCAAGAGGAGGAAGAAGAAGCCCAGAAAGCAACGUGAACGGUCCGGUUCCGGAGCGGGCGACGAUGCCGAGCAGGGGGGCGCAUCCCGCAAGCGGAGAAAGGGCAGUGAUGAUGGUCAGUGAACAGCACCUUCGAACCUUGGUCGGGUGGGAUGCUCAUCACAGUCAACGUAUGGUCUUAGAUGAUAACCUCGACGAGGACGAUAUCGAUCUGCUCGAGGAAAACACCGGUGUGCGGCUAUCGAAUCGGAGCUCCAAGGUACGCUACACACACUUCCCGCGAGAAAGCCGUAAACGCACAAGCUGAUACCUUUGUGUGCCUCUCCCAGGGUAAAUUGAAGCGACUGCGACGUAGGCGCUCGGUCGGUGCCUCGGAUAACGACGAGCCUGCGGGCCUCAAUAACCUCUUUGACGACGACGACGACCGCGGCGCCGGUGACGACGACGACGACGACGACGGCCUGGGCCUCCCCUUUGACGGCGACGAGAUGGCCGGUUUCAUUGAGGAGGAUACCGCCUCUGAAUCGGAUCGACAGGACGGCUCGGACGAAGAUGAGAAUGAUCGAGCCGCUCGAAAGGAGGCCAAACGGAAAGCGAGGGCUCAGCAGAGCAACAAGGGCCGGGGCCGGGGCUUUGGCACGGCUUACAUCGAAGGCAUCUCGGCUGAGGCGAGGCAGGAAGUCACGGAGGUCUUUGGGAAUGGUCAGGAUUAUGCGUGGGCGCUCGAUGAUGAAGAGGACGAGCCCAAGCAGAAGGAGUUGCGUGAUGUGAGUCGGAACCGGAGCUCACUAGGAGGUGAUCAAUCGUCUGAUUGAAUCGGUUUGGGUUCAUCCCCAUCACAGAUCUACGAACCUUCGGAAAUAGCCUCGCGCAUGCUCACGGAAGAGGACGAGGCCAUUCGCGCGCUCGACAUUCCCGAACGCAUGCAGAUCGCCUCGGCGGGUCUGCCAACCAUCGAGGACGGUGACGAAGACACGGGCAUCACGCAGAGGUUCAUCCAAGAGGAGGACCUCGAGCUCGCCGCGGAAUGGAUGUCGACGCGCAUCUCGGUACGUGCGCACGAGCACUUCAUCAUGAGGGACUCGUCGGGUGAUCGACCCCCGCACCACGACGCCUUCAUCACCGCGAUCAAGAACGUCGUUCGCUUCAUGAACAUCGAGCUGCUCGAGCCACCCUUCAUCUGGGCCCAUCGCGCGGAUUAUCUCGUCGUUCGUGACGGGCGUGAUAUCGCUCUGCUCGACCACGACGAUCUGUGGCGCAUCUCGGCCCUCUCGAUCAAGUACCGCGCGUUACUGCAUCGCAAGCGGGAACUCAAAGCACACUUCAACCAACUCGAGGUCGAAGACGACUACUUUGACGAGACGCUCGACGCUGUCGAAUCCGUUGAGGAAGUCUCGGAUGCGAACGAGUGGAUGUCGAUGAAGUACUUUAGCGAACUCGAGCAAAUCCGAGCGGCAAGGGGACAAGAGUCGGACCUUCCUUCGAGACGACGAGCAACGCGCGAGUCGGCGUACCAACAUGCCAAGAAGGAGUUUGUCUCGGAUCUGGCGACCCAGAUCGGUGUCAGUGCGACAGAGUUGGCGAGGGACUUCAUCAGUGGUACGCGCUCGAGCACGACAGAGGAUCCGAGCAAGGCACCCCUCGAGCUCGCGGCCGAGUUCACGAAUGAUGAGUUCACGACUCCCGAACGCGCGCUCGACACGGCACAGAUGAUUGCCGUACACGAGAUCAGACAUGACCCCAUCCUGCGCCGCGAGAUCCGUCGCUACUUCAAGGAUUACGCCGUCGUCACCGUCACUCCGACGGACAAGGGCAUCAACACGAUCGACGAAAUGAACCCUUUCUACGUCUUCAAAUACCUCAAAGGUCGGCCCGUCUCGACCCUGUUGCGAUCGGCAAUGUUCUUGCAGAUCCUCGCCGCCGAAAGUGACGAUCUCGUCAAGUGCCGCAUCACUCUUCCCGGCGCAGCCUUGAACCGCUUCAUGGAGGAUUUGACCAAGAUCUACACCUCCGAUUACACCUCGACCGUAGCGGAGGAAUGGAACAAGCUCCGAUCCGAGAUCCUCACCACGGUGGUCCAAGAGCACCUCCUGCCCUUCGGUGAGCGAUGGGCACGCACGUACUUGCGCGAAGAGGAGGAGGACUUUGUCGGUCGCGCGUGCAAGAACAAGCUCGAGGACCGCAUCAACGUCGCGCCUUACCAACGCCGAGAUGGCUCGAUGGAGCACGGCGAGGUCCCUUCCGUUCUAGCCAUCUCGAACGGUGAGGGACACCCUCAACGCGACUCAGUGUCGUGCGUCUUCAUGGAUGCGGAGGGGCAUGUGCGCGAGCAACUCAAGGUCGAUAAUUUGCAUCGCAUGGAGGACGCGCAACGGGAAUCGUUCACCGAGCUGUUGCGACGACGGAGGCCUCAAGUUGUCGUCAUCGGUGGAUUUUCACCCAAUACCAAUCGACUGUACCAGGAUUUCAUGACCUUCUCCCAAGGCAUCAGCGACUCGAUCGUGGUUGAUCAGGACGAUCUGAGGAACCAGGACGUCGACGAGGACCCUUUCACACCUGAUCAAUUGACGGCUCGUGCGGCGUUCGAGACGAUCUACGUCUACGACAACGUCGCGAGGUUGUACCAGUCUUCGCCUCGUGCUCUGAUCGAGUUCCCCGAACUGUCGACGAUUAGCAGGUAUUGCGUCGCCCUUGCUCGGUAUGCCCAAUCGCCGUUGAACGAAUACGCCGCUCUCGGCGAUGACCUCGUCGCGUUGAGCUACGAUCCGAACCAGAAGUACUUGCCACCUGCCAAGAUGAAGGAGCACCUCGAGCACGCCUUGAUCGAUGUGACGAACCGGUGCGGCGUCGAGAUCAACAAGGCCGUCCGAAACGCUUACUACCGUCAUUUGCUCCCCUACAUCGCCGGUCUCGGACCUCGCAAAGCUUCGGGUCUGGUCAAGAAGAUCGAAACCAACGUCGGUGGAACGUUGUCGAACCGAUCGGGUCUCAUCUUCCAUGCGAUCACGACCAAGAAUAUCUUCAUGAACGCAGCGGGAUUCUUGCGCAUCUCGCAGGACGACCUAAAUGCCGAUCUUGGUCGACGCGAAGCCGCAGGUGACGAACCUGAAGUCCUUGACGAUACGCGCAUCCAUCCGGAGGAUUACGAAGUCGCUCGCAAGAUGGCAGCCGACGCGAUGGAAGUCGAUGAAGAAGAAACGGCCACGUUCAAAGUCCCUUCCCAAGCCGUCAUCAACCUCAUGAGCGAUAACCCUCGUCGUCUCGAUGACCUCUCGUUGGAGGAUUUCGCCGCCGAGUUGGAAAAACUCUUCUUCAUGCCCAAGCGCUUGACGUUGUACAGCGUACGAGACGAGAUGCAAGAACCUUACGCCGAUCGACGAUUGCCGUUCCGAGUGCCGAAUCCGGAAGAGGUGUUUGCGAUGUUGACGGGUGAGACGAAGCAGACCUUUGACAACGGACUCAUUAUCCCCGUUCGAGUUUACCGCUUCCGACCCGACGGAGCAAUCUGCGUACGCCUAGAGUCUCAAAUCGAAGGUACGAUCGAGGCAGAGUAUAGAACCCAAGACCCCAAUCGGUACCAACAGCCCCGAAUCGGGCAGACCAUACAAGCGCAAAUCAUUGGUAGCAACCUCAAGACCUUCACUGUCGAACUGUCGACCGUCGAAGGACACAUCCAAAAAGGUGAUGCGGACCAACGUCGAGUCGGCUACGAUCCGCAAUACUAUGACGUCGAAGCUGCUCGAGCGGAGAGGGAACGACAGGCGAUCGUACAGAAGAAGUCCGCGGGACGGCAGAAACGUAUGGUCAAUCAUCCCAACUUCCAUAACCUGUCGGCUGGGCAGGCGGAAGAAUAUUUGGCUAACAUGCAGCGUGGGGAUUGCGUUAUUCGACCGUCGUCGUUGGAGGACCAUAUUGCCGUGACGUGGAAGGUCGCCGAGGGAGUUUACCAGCAUAUUGGUCAGUCCUCCAUCGUCACAGCGCUCAAGUUCUUUCUGGAGUAG